AUGGAGCGUGCGUGCAAGCGCAUCAAGCUUGAAGAGGAGGAGCCUUUCUCCGCCGAUCAAUGCAUAGUCGUCGAUACGCAUACCAAGGAAGAACAGAUUUCCGAGGAGGAAGAAUCUGGGUCAGAGGAAUCAGGCUCUGAAUACUCAGAAGAAUAUCAGUCUUGCGAAUCAGGCGGCGAAGAAGAAUCCAACUCAGAACCCCAAGUCGCCCAGGGUUCUAGUCAUGAUCUCUCAACCUCAGAAGCGAAGGCGGCCUCCAACCCACUUUGCAGCGAAUGUCGCAGAUCCUUUCAAAGCAGUGCAGAUAUAGAACGACACAUCUCCAAAUGGCAUUAUAACUUCGUAUGUUACGCAUGCGAUGAAGGCUUCCCCUCAGAGUCGCAGCUGCACAGACAUAGAAGCAGCCAUACAAAAACUCCCAUUUGCUGCAUCGGUUGCGAGAAGCGGUUUUCCACUCACUCAGGAAUGAUGGAUCAUCUGGAGAACGGUCGCUGCGAUUCAGGUUGCAAUCUUCAACUCAUCCAUAGCGUUGUAGCAACCCACUGCAACGGUCUUCACCAAUCGUCAACUCGGAACAUCAAUCUCCGAUGCCCAACCUGCAAGAAAAAGUACAAACGGAUGGGUCCGCUCAUCAAACAUUUCGAGAGCAGAGCAUGUGCUUUACGAGACUGGAUAGAAGAAACAGGUUUGAAAGACUUGCUCAUCGCUCUCAAGGAGCCGAUUGAGAAGAGAAAGGCCUCAACUUUCCGAUGUAACAGAGAUAAGCAUGAGCGUACUUACUGUUGUGCUUGCAAGACCAACUUUGGUAGUCCGGCUAAGAAACAAAAGCACGUCAUGUCUGGUAUUUCUUUGAAGCCUGGGAUGUAUAUCUGCGACCACUGUGAUCCCAAAGUCCCCUUUGGAACGGAAAAGGAGCUCUGUGACCAUUUGUGGUUGGAGCACAUGGCGUGUGGUCCCUGUGGGCGAACUUUCAAGAGCGUCGAGCUGAGAAAACAGCACGAUGCAGAGCUUCAUCAUAGAUGUGGUGUUUGCUAUCGGUUCUUCAUUUCGAGCGGGGAGCUUACUGAGCACCGUGAAACUCAUGUAGUCAAGCCCCCUGUCGUCGAGCAGCCGGUGCAUGUCCCAGCGCCGGUGAAGCGAGAACCGACUCCGCCACCUACUAUCCCGGCACCUAUACAAGUGAAGAUAGAAAUGCGCCGGGAAGUUCCCAUCAGCAGGGUUGCUCCUGUGGUGGCGGAAAGAGUCCCUGUGAAGACAGACGUUAUCCCGGUAACUCGAGUUACACCGACUACAAGACCUGUGAUAUUUGCGCCAUAUCCACCCAGACCAACACCUGCACAGGUGCCUGAGAAUAAGAAGACCCAGUCGCUGAUUACCGGCUUUUUGAUUCGCAAGUCAUAGGAAGCUUGAGCAAACGAUGGGAAGGUCAUGAAGCGAAGCGAUGCGUUAUAUUGCAGGAGGAUUCAGAACAUAUGGAAGUCUAAGGUUUGGGACAUCAUUCAUG